AUGGUUGUUGUCAAAGAAACAAUUGAUCCUAGUGCAGCGAUAGAAUUUAGACCGAACACUGCUGAUGAUCCUCAUAAGAGGAAGCCAGAUAUUAGCAAAGCGAGGGAGUUGCUGAACUGGGAGCCAAAAAUACCCCUGAGGCAAGGGUUGCCUCUCAUGGUGAGUGAUUUUCAGAAUCGCAUUUUGAAUGAAGAUGAAGGGAGAGGGCACAAAUAG